AUGGUGUCGAGAAAAGUGAACCUCAUCCUUCGAGGGUUGGAGUUCAUCUUCACCCUCAUUGUCAUGGCUCUGGUCGGCAACAUCAUCGCAACCGCCUUUGCCGGUAACCCAGCCUCCAUCAACUUCGAUAUGUUCGUCGUCACUUUUGGCAUGCUCUCACUGUUCUAUCUGAUUGCCGUCGCUUUCAACGAUUCCUUCGCCGGACAUCCCAUUAUUCCGAUCGCCCUCGAUCUCCUCAACACCAUUUUCUAUUUCUGCGCCGCCGUCAACAUGGCUGCCCAGCUAGGCGUACACUCCUGCGACAAUGACACAUAUACCCACUCCAACGAAAUUACCAACGGUUCCGACGAUACCGAGGGCCGUUGCCGUGAAGCUCAAGCCUCCACUGCCUUCCUGUGGUUCGCCUGGGCCUGCUGGACCGUCAGCUUGUUCUUCACCAUCGUUGGUGCCCGUAGCAGCGGCGCCAACCUGAGAGGUGGCAUUGGCAGAAGAGGUGCGCCAGCCAUGUCUCAGGUGUAA